AUGCCUUUCGGUAUCAUCGACUGCAAGAAGUUGGAGGUCGUUCCUGGAACCUCGUUCAUGAGUGACCAGGAUGACCUCCCUCCCGAGUAUUCAGAGAUUCCUCGAGAGCAGCUGAAGCACGGCAAGGGCCGCUAUUCCAACAUCAUCCUGGUUCCUCAGCCCUCGGAUUCACCCAACGACCCUCUCAACUGGCCACAGUGGCAGAAGGAGUUGAUCCUCCUGAUCGUCGGUCUAUCCGCUGCCGUCGUCGGUGCCUUUGGCCCUAUGCUCUCUCCCGGCUUCGUCCCGAUCGCUGCAGAACUCGGUAUCACGGUCGAGGUCUUGUCGCAGGCGACUGCUUGGCUCAUUCUUACCAUCGGUCUUGGUCUUUUCAUCACGAAUCCUCUCGCGAAGCUGUACGGAAAGCGGCCAAUCUACAUUCUGGCAAGUUGCAUCAUGUUGGCAGCUAGCAUCUGGGGAGCAGUGGCGAACAACUACAGCUCAUUCCUGGCCAGUCGAAUUGUGUCGGGUAUCGGAAUGGCCCCAUACGAGGUGUUGGUUCAAUGUACCAUUGGUGAUCUCUACUUCGUCCACGAACGCGCCACCCGUAUUGCCGUAUGGAAUCUGUUCCUUUUGACCGGUAUUGCUGGCGGAGCACUGGUCUCAGGAUACAUCAUCGAAUACGACGGCUACAAGUGGACUUUCGGGGUGUGCGCAAUCUUCUUUGGCGUCCUCUUGUUCGGUGUCCUCUUGUUCGUGCCAGAAACGUCCUUCCGCCGUGACGCGGUUGUGAUUGUCCCCGUCGAAGACGAGCUCGAAGGAGACUCGGAGAAAGCUGGUGCAAAACAUGUACACAUGGGACUGGGUCAUGAGCACGACAUCUCUCAGGCGCACGGCGAGAAGAACAAGCAUCUCUCCUACUCGGCGACGCAUGCCUCAAGUGAACCCAAGAUGUCGUACUGGCGAUCAUUGCGGGUUUUCACAGGCCGAUACAGUUAUGCACCCCUCUUCAAAGUCUUCACGCGUCCUGUGGUCCUUUUCUUCUACCCUGCGGUGUUCUGGGGGUUCCUGGUCUACGGUACCACCCUGACAUGGAUUGUGGUGUUCUCCGUAGUCAACGGCGUCAUCUUCGUCGCUCCUCCGUAUAACUUUUCAGUUUCGCAGACUGGAUUGAUCAGUUUGUCGCCCUUCAUCCUCACCUUGUUAGGCGAAGUCAUCUCUGGGCCUCUCAACGACUGGAUUUGCGUCUACCUGACCCGGAAGAACAAGGGUAUCUAUGAGCCGGAAUUCCGUCUGGUGCUCAUGGUUGUUGUUGCAAUUCUGGGCACGGUAGGAUUCUUUGGCUUUGGCGCCACAGUGCAUUACCAAACUCACUGGACCGGACCUGUUCUGACCUUUGGUCUCGCAAACAUGAGUCUCGCAUUUGCAUCGACCUGUGUCUUUGGCUAUGUGAUUGACUCAUACCCAAGAUUGAACGAGGAGGCAUUUGUUGCCAUCAACGCUCGCAACCUGUUGACUUUUGGCCUGACCUACUUUGUUAACGACUGGUUGGCUCGGGACGGCGCUCUGAAAGUCUUCUGCGUGCUUGGAGGCCUUUUCUUGUUUGUGUGCUCCUUGACCAUUCCGUUAUGGAUUUAUGGCAAGAAGAUCCGAUCUGUCAUCGGCAGAAAUGAGUGGCUGCAGAGGUACAUGAACGACGACAUGUGA